AUGAAGCUAACUGUUAUCUGUUUACUGGUGACCUUCGUUCUGCUGGAAUAUGUGGAGCAGAGUGAAGCCUGCUUGGAGGUUAUUGAGCAGGCGUUGGGUCUCGAGCCCUGCAAUGAAGGUGGUCGAAAGGGGCACAGGGAGCCACAUAGAGGUGGACCAGGACCUGUAAGAACUACUAGGAGACAUGAGAGAACUCGGAGACCGGAGAGAACCACUAGGAGGCACGAGAGAACCACUAGGAGACAUGAGCGAACCACAAGGAGACACGAGAGAACCACUAGGAGACAUGAGAAAACUACCAGACCUCCUUGUACUUGUACAGAGAAGACCCGUCCUCCUUGCACAGAGAAGACUACUCAAAAGACUAGCCCACCUUGCACGGAGACAACUACCCAAAAGACCAAUCCUCCCUGCACGGAGACGACCACCCAAAAGACCAAUCCUCCUUGCACAGAGAAGACUACUCAGAAGACUAACCCACCUUGCACGGAGACGACCACCCAAAAGACCAAGCCUCCUUGCACGGAGACGACCACCCAAAAGACCAAGCCUCCAUGCACCGAGAAAACUACCCGAAGGACCAAUCCGCCUACCACAGAGAAGACUACCAACAAACCUUGGCCACCGGCGACAACACCUUCUCCAAAAACAACAGCUUCUACAACCACUAAGAAACCCUGUGGAUGUAGUACGCAUCACCCACCUGGAUGGAACCCUGGCGGUCCUAUACAGACAACACCCUCAACGACCACCACAAAAUCUGGCUGGAAUCCUGGCGGUCCCAUAAUAACAACCCCUUCAACGACUACUCGCAGGCCUUGCGGAUGCGGUGAUCACAAUCCACCAGGCUGGAAUCCCGGCGGUCCUAGAAUUCCCAUACCCAAUAUUCCCGGACAUUUUGGACCCGGACCUGUGAUUCCGAAUAGAGGAGGAAACGGAUUUAAUCCUGGCGGUCCCAUAAUAGCAACUCCCUCAACGACUACUCGUAGUCCUUGCGGAUGCGGUGAUCACAAUCCACCAGGCUGGAAUCCCGGCGGUCCUAGAAUUCCCAUACCCAAUAUUCCCGGACAUUUUGGACCCGGACCUGUGAUUCCGAAUAGAGGAGAAAAUGGAUUUAAUCCACAUUGCCCUCAGGGCUGGAAUCCCGACAGUCCUUUGAUACCAGUUCCCAGAAUUCCCGGUCACUUCGGACACGGACCUGUCAUCCCCAAUAGAGGAGGAAAGGGAUGUGGUUGCCGCAACCAAUGUCCACCAAGAGAGAUACUCAGCGAAGAGCUUCGUAUAACUCUGGAUCGGAUACAGCUAAUGAUUGACGAAUGCCUCUUGGAAAGCCAAAGACGUUGA